AUGCUUUCAACAAAUGCAGUAGCUCGAUCCUGGCCGUUGGAAAAAUACGCAAAGUUUAUUUACAAUGGAGAGAGCGGAGGGCAAGCUGAAAGUCAGGGAUACUGGAAGGUUUGUUCGCGGCUUUGCUAUAGUCUACACAUCGAAAUAAUGUGAGUUUUUUUGGCUACAGAUGAUAACUGAGGUCUUCUAACUGACCAUUUCUUAUUUGGUUUUAAAUUUACAGCAAUUUUCGUCCGCCGAAGGUGGUUUUGAGGCCUUACAAGUGUCAUUGUUAGAAUCAAACAUGAUUGUCCGCGAGGGAAAAGUGAUGCACGUCAGUUUUUACUUUAUUCUUGUUUGUUCAAAAGUCUGAAAGCGUUGUUGUAGUAUUUUAUUUAAUGAGUUUUUGUUACUGAUUUACUGACUUAAGCUACAGCUGAAUGAGUUAAGAAAAGUAUUUCAAACGGUUCGAGUAUCCAAAGGACUUGAUGGUCACCACCGUUUGUAUGGAGAAUGAAGCCAAGACAGGGAAAAAACUAAGCCAAAAAUCGGAAGGAAAAAGGAAGGUUAACUUUUUAUUGCUUGUUUUCAUCAGUACGAAAACAUUGGAACAUCUUCUUAUCUGUAUUUUUGUUUCACUCUCAACUUCUCAUCUAAAUUUAAAACGACUCUUCCUUACCUUUAAUUAUUAUUUUCCAUGUCUGUUUAAUUAUAUAUUUUUCGCCUACACCAAUUGUAUUUUAAAAACAAAUUGAGCGGAAUUCAAUUCACUGCUAUGAAUAUACAAAACAAUUAAGAAUAGAUGUUUAAAAUGUUCAAAUCAUAUUAUACAGUCGUUAUUCGUCAAUUUUCAGGAAAGUUUCUCUUUGUUUAAUGCCAGCAAGUGGUUGAAAGGCAUUGUCAAAGGCGAUAGUAUGCUGUUUCUUUACAGGAUGAAUGUAAGUAUUAUUAUCUGCCACGUUUUGUUGUUGUUGUUGUUGUUGUUUUUAACCCGCGUUCGGCAUUAAUACAUGUCAUACAAAGGAGACAGAUUUCUUGCGUUAGUAAACUUUGCCCACGAGCUCGUGUUGUUAAAAGAUCUGAGCUUUUAAAUACUUCUGUGGUAUUCUGAGGUUCAGCAAUUGUGUUCAUGGUGACUGUAAUAUUUUUCCAUCUAAACGAAAAAAAGAAAAAUUUGUGUUGUGUUUCCGUUGGUUUUGCAGCUUACAAGAAAUGUGUAAUGAUAUUUCAUUUCUUUAGCUAUUCUUUCGUCAGACAUGUAUGUAUGCGCUACUGCCUUUGAGCUGCAACCGGCCGGCCUGAGUCUAAACAAUAAGGUACUUUUGGAAUCUUAAAACUGUAUUUGUUUAUUUACAGAACGAUUGCCGGCGAUUCAGAAUCAAAUUUAAAAGAAGCGCUGAUCGAUUAGCGAUAGAAAAUUGCCGCCAUUUUGUUUUCGAGAUCUCGCCCAAGAUUCCUGUGAGAGAGCUGCCAGCGUCUACUGAGUCUGACUCGCAAGUUCCAAUGGAAGACUCUCAACUUAUUUUAUCGGAUUCCCAGCCAACCAAUAGAGGAACUACCGACAGUGCCGGCUGUGGAUCUGCUUCCGUUGGUCUAACACUUCCUGUCUUAGCAAAUAAGGUUCGUACAAAACGAUAACUGUCGGAAAUCGCCAUCAUGGACGAGACUGUACUUCGUGGUAAUAAGAAAAAUUCAUCGUUUCACUGUGAAAAAUAACUUUUGCGAUAAAAUCUGUAGACAUCAAUCGGGAUGAAGUAUUAAGAGUAAGGAAAAUUCGAAACAGUCGUUGGCUGUUUUAAACUGGAUUUUUGCGCCGAUAAUGGAUAGUUUAACACAUUUCGGUUGCCAUUAUUAUGUGCAUGAUCCACUAGGGACUCUGCGAAUCAAAGAGCUGUCGUUUGAUAAUAAUAGUAGCAACUGUAUUACGUCAUACGAUCCAAGAGGUCGCCUCCGGGAAAUUCAAACAUCAAUGUAGCUUGUAUAUUCCUCCAGUUUUUAUACAUUUUGGUUCUUGUUUCUCAAUAUUUCUGAACGAAUCUCAUAGUACAGGACAUUUUUGUUAGUUUAAUGGCUAGUGGAGCUUGUUUAGUUCGCUAUAUACCCAACUGGUGGUAGUCGGCUUAUACUUGAUUGGCGACGAAAGCACAAAAGUGAUUAUUUUUAGCGUAGGCUGUGUGAUAUAAACCUAUAAACAAGGAGUAAAAUGCCAUCGUUUCCCUCUCAAAAACGAAUUUGCAAUCCUGUGAAGAAAGCAUGAAAGUACGAUCGUUUGACAUCGAUUUUUUCCUGUUACAGAUUACAUCGGUAGAAUCUCGUUUGGAUGCAGUACAGAGCGGUAGUAACCUUAUUGCACCACAAGAUCAAUUAAGCUUGAUGAUAAGACUCUGUUUGACCGACAGUAACUUCCCUGACUUCGUGGAAGCUGUGGAAAAGGAACUGAAAAGCCUUACAUCACUAGAAUAA